AUGGCGGAGAAACGGUUCCUGGCCCUAGAGAAGCGACUAGAUAGGGCUCCCGAAAUCAAAAUGCUGUACAUCGCCUUUUUGAGAGAAUAUGAAACACUUGGUCACAUGACGCUGAAUGAAGAUGUCGAAACUGAUCAGUCCCAAUUAGCUUACUAUCUGCCACAUCACUACGUUUUAAAACCCAGCAGCACAACCACUAGACUUCGCGUUGUGUUUGAUGGUUCGGCACCGAGUGACUCUGGAAUCAGUAUCAACCAGACUCAAAUGGUCGGUCCAGCCGUGCAAAACGACCUUAUAUCGAUACUCCUUAACUUUCGAUCGUUCAAGUUCGCUUUUGUCGCUGACAUUCCAAAAAUGUAUCGACAGGUUAGAGUUAACGACGAAGAUGUUCGAUAUCAGCGGGUUCUCUGGCGCGAAGACCGGAGUCAGCCGAUUCGUGUAUACGAUCUACGAACCGUAACGUACGGACUGGCAUCAUCACCUUUUCUGGCAACAAUGGCACUCCUCCAGCUCGCUGAGGACGAGAAGGAGAGAUACCCGCUCGGUGCUGGGGCGGUUAGGAAGUCCUUUUACAUUGACGACGUGCUUACUGGAGCCAGUUCUCUGGAGAAGGCUAUGGAGGUAAAAAAUCAAAUAGUUGGAUUACUCAACGAAGGUGGCUUCGAUGCACACAAGUUCUGUUCGAAUGCGGAAUCAUUAUUGGCUACUAUUCCUGAACAUCAACGAGAAGGCUGUGUUGAUAUUACAAACCCAACUGUUAAUACGGUAAUGAAGACUCUCGGGAUCUCGUGGAAUCCCAAAGAGGACACAUUCACAUUCAUCGUAGCGGAAUGUCGUGAUCCCAAAGCUCAACUAACUAAACGAUCGAUUCUCAGUCAAAUUGCUCGAAUUUUCGAUCCUUUGGGAUUUGUAGGACCCGUGAUUACCGCAGCGAAGCUGAUUAUGCGGGAGCUUUGGGGCGCGGAUUUAGAGUGGGACCAACCGGUACCAUGUGAAUUAGCACAGCUGUGGACAGAUUACCGUGAUCAACUACAAUACUUGAACAACGUCAAGAUUGAACGAUGGAUCUUCAGUAAUGGAUCGUGUACGUUUGAACUCUUCGGAUUUGCUGAUGCGUCAGACUUGGCAUACGGCGCCUGUCUGUACGCUCGAGUAAUAAGACACGAUGGGGCAGCCAUGAACAUAAUUUGCAGUAAGUCACGAAUUCUCCCGAGGAAGAAGAACAAGCAAAAGGAGAUUACAACACCAAAGGCCGAGUUGUUAGCAGCAAUGUUACUCUCUCAGCUCACCGUGAAGAUGCUAGCAGCAAUUGAUUCCGACUUUAGCUCUGUUCGAUUGUGGUCGGACUCACAGAUAGUCCUCUGUUGGUUGCAGAAAUCUCCGGAAGCACUCACCGUAUUCGUUGGCUACCGAGUUCGACAAAUCCAGCAAUUGACUGCUGAUUACAAUUGGCAAUACAUCCCUUCGAAAGAGAAUCCUGCGGAUUUAAUUUCCCGUGGCGUAUCGCCAUCAGAAUUGGAAAGACGACAGCUUUGGUGGCACGGACCGUCCAGAUUUCAAUGCGCUGAAGUGUCGAUCGAUCAACCAGCUCCACUCUCGGAAGAGGAGCUGACAGAACUCAGAAUAACAGCACUCGUUGGUGCAGUUGAACGUUCGAGGCUACCGAUAUUCGACAGAAUCAGUCGGUACAUGAUUAUACAGCGAUCGAUGGCAUAUGUGAUCCGUUUUUGCGAUUACAUUAAGAGUGGUCGAAGGCACAUCGCCAAGGGACUGCCUACAUCAACAGAAAUGCAACGAGCAUCCAUUUUGAUCACACGGAUGGUACAAGGUGAAAUGUUUCACAAAGAGCUACAAAUGCUGAGAAGCGACAAGGAAUGCAAGUUACCCUUUCAGAACCUGAGCCCGUUCAUCGACGCAAAUGAUGAAGUGCUGCGCGUAGGUGGUCGCCUACGGAAUGCUGCUAUUCCAUAUGAACAUCGUCAUCAAGCCAUUCUGCCUGAAACACAUCCACUCACAACAACAUUGAUCAGACAUUUACAUCGUGUCAACAUGCAUCUUGGUCAAAGAGGUCUGCUGGGCGUCGUUCGGCAACAGUAUUGGCCACUCAAGGCAAAGAAUGUCAUACGGAAGGAACUGCAUCGCUGUGUACCGUGUUUCCGGAUGAGACCCAAGAAGUCUACGCAAUUAAUGGGAGAUCUUCCUGACUACCGCGUCAAGCCGUCUCCAGUGUUCGCGCAUACAGGUCUGGACUUUGCGGGCCCUUUCAAUCUUAGAUCAAGUGCUGUUACAAGACAUCCGACAACCACCAAGGGAUACGUUUGUUUAUUUGUCUGCAUGGCCAUUCAUUCCUCCACGUAGUCCGCAUUUUGGAGGGAUAUGGGAGGCGGGAGUUAAAUCGCAUCUGAAAUUGAUUCUCGCUGAACAUCGACUGACGUUUGAAGCACUUUCUGCUGUACUCGCACAGAUCGAAGCAAUUCUAAACUCCCGUCCUCUCACACCUGUCUCAGAUGAUCCAAAUGAUAUGACUGCCAUAACUCCAGCUCAUUUCAUCAUUGGAAGAGAGUUCCAGGCCAUUGCGGAACCCUCAUACACUGGCAUUCCCCAGGGCAGGCUAUCGCGUUUACAAUUUAUUCAGGACAUGAAGCAAAGGUUUUGGAGAGUGUGGAUUAAAGAUUAUCUCCACGAACUUCAAAGGCGUCAACGAGAUCUGAAGGUCACUGAAUUUAAGAUUGGAGCAAUGGUGGUCAUCAUCGACGAAAAUGCACCGCCGUUGAAGUGGGCGCUGGCCCGUAUAAUCGAACUCCAUCCGGGCAAGGAUGGGCACACUCGAGUGGUAAGUUUGCGAACCAAGAAUGGCAUAACUAGGCGUGCCGUCAAGAAAAUUUGCUUGUUGCCAAUAGACAACGAGAGCGACGACCAGACUGGGCAAUUGGAAUCUUGAAAUUUCCAAUUUCAACGCCCGGGUAGAUGUUUACUCCUGCUACGAUGAUCCAGACAACAAACUAGAAUAGAAAAACUAUUAUACCUAUGCUCAAACACUCUUACUAACACAUAUGUAUUCAUUCGUUCUUUAAGUAGUAAAAACUUGACUGUUGUACCAAACAGACGCCUUUUGAAUUUAUCCGUCCAAGAAACCGAAACUCAUUCGUAUACAGUCCACUCCCGCGAGGAAUCGAGGACAGACUCGAUUCUAUUAACGUCAUUAAGGUAGUGAGAGUUCCAAACAGCUGACAAUAUUCCAGAGUAGAGCAAACGAGUGAACAGUAUAGGGAUUUUAGGUUGCGCUUCGCUGUGCAGAUGAAGUUCGCUGCCUAUCCCGGGGUUUCACGCACUUUUCCCAAAAUUGCGAGAGAACGGAGAAGAAAACGGAAAUUCUAAAUAAUUAGUUUUUCUAUCGAUUCGUAUAUAAAUUGUGCCCGAUAAACGUUUUCAUCGAAAGAUUUUGUGCGAGUUGUAAAAAUAAAUGAGUUUUUCCUUAUUAUUUCGCACACUCACAAUAUCAACACACAAGUAAACUAAAUGUUUAACAAAACUCGUACGAAAUUUCGCGAAAGAAAUGCAUUCUAACUGAUAUUUUUUACCAAAUGCAUAGUUAAAUCAUUUAUCUACAAUCGUAUGUUUUUGAUUUUUCGUGAAUCGGGUUUGUAUUGGAGAAAUUUGCAAUUUAGGGUGAAAUUUCAACGACAAAGCAAGAGGAAUCAUUGAGUUGUAUCGCUUCGACCUGACCACGGCGAAGCGCUACCUUAAAGCAAUAAACAUCCGUAAAAUGCUUAGCAAUUCUCAUCACGAAUCCAAGGUAGCAAGAGGCUUUAGCCACAAUGUAGUUGGUGUGUUGCUUGAAGGUUAUCUGUUCGUCUAGAAAAAAAAACGCCAACGUCCUCUGGAUUAACGACCAUGUGAUUCAAUUUUCGCCAAUCCGAAAAGAUUGUUAUUCGUCGUUUAAGAAACGCCGAAUCCCCUGAGUUGCGUAUAACAUGGUAGAUCUUGAGGUCAUCUGCAAAAGAUAUGCGCGGUCCUUCCAGAGAAAAAUUAACGUCGUUGAAGUACAGCAAGAAGAUCAAAGUGCCGAGAUUGCUCCCCUGCGCAAUUCCAGAGAACUAUUCUUCCAAAACACAAUCGUCAAUUUUAACCACAAAAUGACUGUGUAAUGCGAGAGAACGCCCGCAACUAGACAGAGGUGAUUUCUGCGGGGGCGUGUUAUAUCUGGUAAUUGAAUUCUAGGAAAUGGUCUACUGAGAAAUAGUAUACAGUACUGUGCUAAUAACUCCAAUAUUUUCAAGUAUAUUUACAAAAUAUUCGUGUAGAAUGUAAGACAAUAUUUCCAUUUUUCAAACAGUACCAGAACAUUUAUAUAAAAACACGGGUAGAGUCGAAUAAGAAAGUAAACAAAGAGAACCUGUGAAUUGCUUUUAGACCCUUUUGUUUACAUCGAAUUCAUUCAUUCAUUGAUAAUUACUUGUGGAUGUCCGAAGCGUAAUAUCAAUGGGUUGAUUGCCUUCGGCACGGUUAACGUUAUUAUAAGCAAACUGCGAACAGUGUUAAAUGUUUCAUUCCUCAGGCAACAUGUUUUCUUCUUCUGUAUAACAGCACACCUUAGAGGUGCUCUCAAAUGUUGACAAAAACAUCGACCAUUCUUCUGGAUUACCAGCAGACUUGGGAAGAUCACGCGGUACUAUUUAACGAACUGCUUUCUCGUAAGACUCGUACACCUUCUGGUGACGACUCAUCGAAAAAUUCUGAGAUCUCAUGAGGGCGACUGUUUUGGUGGCUAAAACGAUUUCACUUCGUCCUCUCUGUGAAUUUUAUAACUAUUAAUCGAAGACGGAAUCACCCAGAACGGUGCACUUCUUACCUGUAUGGUUGUUCGUGAUGAAAUGUGAGAAGCUGUUCUUCAAUAAUACGAUAGACCUGUUGCAGUCAUACCCAACCCAAUUGGUCAUGGCAUGCUAUGCAUAGAUUAUUAUGAAUUCGUUUGUACCCACACAUCCACCUUCUCUUCUAAAAAAAAAUAUCGGGGUGCCUAGAAUAAUAAUAUUGAAUUUGGAUCAGCGAUGCGAACUAUACCGAUUUUUGUACUCGAUACAGAAAAACUGACAUGUUGUCUUAAAAUACGAGCCAUCUGACACCGGUAUGUAAGCACCAGCCAUUUGAAAGUACACUGAUUACGUUGAGCCCCUCGUGUUUCGGGCCCCAAACACUGCGAUGUUUUGAUACUCAUCGUGACUCUCAAAUUGUGAAAAUUACCUCCUUUUGAUGAUCUGCUAUAUUUUAGGUAAACUGACAAGUUAUUGUGAGAGAAUCGAUCCAAAAAUCUCUAACUUUCGUGCAAUAAACAAGGUAAACCAUAAAACUUUGCAAUAAGCUGAUUUUAAAGUUCUGAUUCAGAUCUUAUCAAGAUGGCGUCGUGACAGGGGGCCCUCAAAUACAGUUAAUUGAGUUUUCAGACAGAUAAAUAUAGAUUUUCUGUUUUUGUGUUUUUGGUUCCAUAAGGUUAAACCAGGUGGAGCGAAACCAGGCCUCACUAAUCAGAUUUUUCGAGAUAGAUAUUGUACAGAUUGGUUUUUUCGCCAAAUACAGAUUUUUCAAAUAAAGAUGGCAGCUCUGGCUUGGAUUCUGAAAUUGUGUAUCGGAAAAUGCAAGGAAAAAUGUUCAAAACUAGUUCUUUGUUUUUUUGAUGAUUUAUGAAAUGAUUUUUUUAUAUUAGAGGAGUGAAACUGAUUGAAAUUUACAUUAUAAUGAUAGAGAAAAGUGCAAAAAUGUAGGUUUCAUUUUUCUAUCGUUCAAAAGAGAAGAUAUAUUUUGAGAUGCAUCUGAAUGAGAUCAGAUAUCAUAAACGAUAUAAAUCGGAUGUUUGAUUUGUGGUGAUUAAUAGAUAAUGUAAUAAAGAUUUUUGUUUUGCUGUAUUAUUACAUACUGAUUCGUUCUUGCGUUCACCUCAUUUGUUAAAUGGUAAGUCAUCUGUUUGGCAUGGCUCAAAGCCCUAUUCGUCAAUUCUUGAUUUACCUUGUCCAAACACUGAAUCGAUACUGCGUAUAUCAGACAAUUAUCGGUAAUAAAUACAAAUUGCGACUUUUGCAAAGUGCAAAUAUGCAAUUCCAAUCACUUCAAUCAAAUAAAACACUUUAGAUUCACAUUGAAUAGAUUUUUUUUUAUGAUUUCGGAAUGAAAGUAACGUAUCUUAAACCCAUUCGAAUAAAUUAAGACAAAUUUUCCAAGGUAUAUUUUUGUGUUCCUGUAUCAAUAAAUUAUCUGGAUCUUCAGAUAUGCAGUAAACAAUCAGCAUUGCGUUUUCAAGUAUCACAGAAAAGCAUCCAGUAUUCGAUGCGAAAUCAAUACCAUUUAUAGUCGCUGGGAAAACCUUAACUGUUACUACCGUCUCCAGUAUCUUUAAUCCAAAAUACUCCGUUGUCGAUCGUCGAUGCAGAAAAAUGCUGCAACUAUAUGCUUUUGGUCUUUUCUACUUGAAUCGAAACACGUUUUUUUCCAAGAGAGAUAGUAUAUUUUAGUGUUGAAUGUUCGCCUUGUUCCGUUAAAUCGUCUAGUACUUCCAUAGACAUUUUUAACAAGAUUUUGAGCGCAAAUCGAAUCUUCCAAGAAAUACGGACACUACAUACGUUAACAUGAUUCUUGUAUUACUAAAAUCUUCUCUCCUUCUUUCUUUGUUUGGUUGGAAAGGUUACAAUGACCAUACAUCCAUCGAUUUAGUUUAUAGUCACAUGGACUUUAUUGUUUUUGACUACCGAUGGAAUCUCACGGCGUUAUGACACGAAAAAAUUUCAUUCGUUACUCGAAUUACUCGAACUUCUAACACACUGUCCGCGAACCAACGUGCUCACACUUUGAAAGAACUAUCGGAAGUAAUUAAUAAAACCACUGAAAACAAUAAAUUCGAGUGUUGUUCUAUCGUUAACAAUUACUUAUAACGCAAAUGUGCGCGAUCUAACGAUCCGCUUUAUAAUGCGCGAUUUUUGAAAUCCGCUCAUUUUUUUUCAUUUGCACGGCCACGUUGCCUGCUCUCCUUGUGCGCGACGUUCCCGGUCCGCUCAUUUACAUUUGCGCGACCUUCCUGAUCCGCUCUGUGAUGCGCGAUUUCAUGAAUCCGCCUUUUUCAAUGAAAAUCGUAAUCAUUUUAUCUAUGUAUUUUAUUGCGCGACCUUCCUGGUCCGCUUAUGAUGCGCGACCAUAGUGAUCCGCUUAUUUCAGUCAUUUUCAACAUUACGUAAUCAAUGUAAAAUAAAAAAACUGCGUGCCAAAUAGCACCAAUAUCUGAAUAGAUUUUGUUUCGUUUUGGGUGAUUCCGUUUCCAUGCGAGAUGGUUCUGAAUAACUUUGCUAUUUCAAUUGCGCCUCCUAGCAGGAUCGCCAUUGUGAAUUUUUAUAACUAUUAAUCGAAAACGGAAUCACCCAGAACGGUGCAAUUCUUACCUGUAUGGUUGUUCGUGAUGAAAUGUGAGAAGCUGUUCUUUAAUAAUACGAUUGACCUGUUGCAGUCAUACCCAACCCAAUUGGUCAUGGCAUGCUAUGCAUAGAUUAUUAUGAAUUCGUUUGUACCCACACACUCUCCUUCUGUGGUAGUGUAUUUAUCUGUUGAAUUUUCUUCGUCGUUUUCACUGAUCAAUUCCAAAACGCUCGACUGCGAAUCACUCAGUUCAUUCGAAUAGUUUUCUACACUUAUCUGUUUAUUACUAUAUUCACACAAUAUCAAUAAUAAAUUUAUUUUUCACG